AACAGCAGCAGCAGCAGCAACAACCACCUCCACCUCCAACUACUACUGCAUCAAUUCCUAGAACAGAUGUAGAUUUAAGUAUGUUACCAGAUACUAUAACUCCUAAUCAAUUACUUCAUGAAGGUAGAGAAUUAAUGCAAUAUGUAUUAAGAAUCGAUAAAUUAACAGUUAAAGAUGAAAGAUUUUUACCUGAAAGUGGUAAACAAUUUCUAAAUUAUAAUAGAAAAUCAAGAAAUGAAAUUAUUUCUCAAAUAAAUCAAAAUAAUAUAGAUUUAAUAAAAUCAGUUAUUGAUUAUUCAACUUUAAAUGGUUUAUCAGUACCAGGAAUUGAUAAAGAUGAAGAUGAAGAAUUAAUGGGAGGAGAUUGUAAAGAAUUAGAUAUAGGAAUUGUUAAAAAUACAGAAUUAUUUAAUCAAGUAAUUAAAUUUCAUGAAAAUGCUAUGAGAAUAAGAGCUAUUUUAGAUAGUCAAUAUCAUCAAAUUUAUCGAUUUGUUGAAAAUUUUAAUCGAAAGAUUGAUGUUAAAUUAGAGAAAGAAGCAAGAAAAUUAAAGAAAUUACAACUUAAACAAAAGAGGGAAGAUUAUUAUGAAAGAGAAAGAGUUCAUCUUGAUUAUACUCCUAAUAAAUUUUUCUUUACUAAAGUUACUUCAAGAAUUACCAAGACUGAUGAUUUUUAUGCAUUUCUUAAGAAUUUUGGAAAAGAAAUUGUUCAAAGACCUUCAAUAAUAAAGGAAGAAUUUUCACAAUCUGAUUUUGAAUUAUUACAUCCUCGUGAAGAGGAAGUGGUUAAUAAAUCAAGUCAUUAUCUUACUAAUAUUCUUAAUGAAGCAAUUGAUCAUGCUAAUAAUAAUAAUUAUAAUAAUCAAUUAAGUACAAUAUCAUCAACUCCAGCUCCAAUUCAAAGUUUAUCACAAAGUCUUGGAUUUGGUAGUAUUCCCCCAAACUCUUUCUUAAGUUCUUAUACAAAACAUGAAGAAUUACUUCAUAAAGUUAGCAAUGAUGAUAAAAUUAAAUUGGGUGGCUCAAUAUUUGAUGAUGAUUCAUCGAAUUUAUCCUUAUCUUUGGAUUUCAGUAAAUCUUUACUUUCAACUGGCUCCAGUCAAUCAUCUAAUGAUAAAAGAGAGGAAUCUUUAAAUCGAGCUCCAGCUCCUGCUCUUGCUCCAGCUCCCGCUCCAAUGCUUGCUAUAUUACCAUCUCCUCCUCCACCACCACCACCUCCUCCUCCUCCUCCUCCUCCUCCUCCGCCAUCAAGUGGUAGUGAUAGUUCUGUAGGUACUGAUACAUCAUCUGUAACUACAGAUGCUUCAUCAAUUGCUCCUGAAUCUAUGGCCGUCGUAAGAAGUGGCCAAACUGAUGAAAUUCUGGAUGAAGUAGUUGAUGAUGAUGACAAUGUAAUGGAUGAAGAUGAACAUAAUAAACUUAUUGCUGGUUUAAAGUUCUAUCCUGAAGAAGAAGAAGAAGACCAUGAAAAUGAAGAUGAAGUUAUAAUUACUGGAUUUAAAAAUGUUCUUAAUCGUCCUCCAACUCCUCCUCUUCAUCAUUUGAAACAGGAGACUGAUGAGAAUAUUGUUAGUUCUGAAACUUCGAGUGAAUCUCCACCACCUCAAGUGAAACGAACUACUCUUCCACCUCUUCCACCUCCACCUCCACCUCCCCCUCCUGCAUUAUCUGCACCUAUACCUCAUACUGUUUCAUUAUCUACCAGAAGUAUAGAUGAGGAUUUUAAUCCAACUGGUAGAAAGAGUCCAAAUAGAUUGAGUCCAGGUAAUGGCAAUAUUGCUAUACAUACAUCAAGUACGAAUACUUUGAAGAGAAGCAUUGAUCAAGUCGAUACAGAAGAAACUGAAAAUCAACAACGACCAUUAAUUCAAAGAACAAAUUUCCAUGAUUAUAGAAAAUUAAAAAGUACAGAAGCACCUAUUCGACCAACAUUUCUUCGGUCAACUUCGCUUACAUUAUCUACAUUUAGUAAUAGAUUAAGAACUAAUCCCAAUGUUGCUGGUUCAAUUUCUGGUAGUUCAACAUUUUCUCGAGUAAAUGAUUCUAAUAAUAAUUCACCAAUAAUACUUAAAUCUAGUUUAAAAUCAUAUAAUGGUGGUAAUUCUCAAGGUCCAAGUAAAAGAGUCAGAUUUAAUAUUUGAAUUUAUAGAUAUAGAUGAAGAUAAACAUAAAUAGAAUUAGGUAAUAAUAAUAAUAAUAAUAAUUACAUAAUAAUAAUAAUUAAUCAAAAAUUUCGUAGACAGGUAUAUUUUC